CGCCCAGGCCCAGUUCCGUUCCAGUCCAAUUCCAGUUGAUCGACGGGUCGAUUGCGCCAUUCGUUUUCUUAAUUGAUCGUAAUAUUUUUAGAACGUAAGGUGUCGAGCAGGUGUUUUUUCUUAUUAUUAUUCCUAAUAAUAGACACAUAUUCCAAGAAAAAUGGCGGAACCCAUAAAUGUCGUGGUUACUGGUGCUGCUGGACAGAUUGCCUAUUCGUUGCUGUAUCAGCUUGCAGCUGGUACAGUGUUUGGUCCACAACAACCUAUUAAUCUCCGAUUAUUAGAUAUCCCACCUAUGAUGAAGGUGCUGGAUGGUGUGGUUAUGGAAUUGGAGGAUUUAGCACUUCCUCUGUUACGAGAGAUACUGCCAACGGCCGAACCAGUCAAGGCCUUUAAUGACGUAUCGGCUGCUUUCUUGGUAGGCGCAAUGCCGAGAAAAGAAGGGAUGGAACGUAAAGACCUCUUGGCAGCAAAUGUUGAAAUUUUCAAGGUGCAAGGCGAAGCGUUAGACAAAUAUGCUCGUAAGGAUGUCAAAGUGUUAGUCGUGGGUAAUCCCGCCAACACUAAUGCACUCAUCUGUUCGCAUUAUGCACCAUCGAUACCGAAAGAGAACUUCACCGCGAUGACUAGACUGGAUCAGAACAGAGCACAGGCAGCAUUAGCCGCACGAUUGAACGUGCAGGUUGAUAAGGUGAGGAACGUCAUUAUCUGGGGCAAUCACAGUUCCACGCAGUAUCCUGAUGCAGCGCAUGCCACCCUGACUCUCCAGUCUGGCGUGAAGGCAGUGCCAAACGAGAUCAACGAUAACGAAUGGCUGAACAAGACUUUCGUAGAAACGAUACAGAAACGCGGUGCCGCGGUAAUAGCAGCGAGGAAAAUGUCCUCUGCCAUGUCCGCCGCUAAAGCCGCUGGAGAUCACAUGAGGGAUUGGUGGUCCGGUACCAAGCCUGGACAGUGGGUCAGCAUGGGUGUUGUAUCCGAUGGGAGUUACGGGAUCCCGAAAGAUAUCGUCUUCUCCUUCCCUGUUGUUAUUAAGAAUAAACAGUAUGAAAUUGUGCAAAAUCUUCCAAUCAGCGAAUUCGCCCGAUCCAAGCUGGACAUUACAUCGAAAGAAUUGGAGGAAGAGCGCGCGGAGGCAAACAACGUGCUGAAAAAGUGACUAGUAGCACGGAUGCCAGACAGUAAAAUGCAGAAAGAAUUUGUGUCAGCGAAAUUGUAAAAACUGUUAUCGAUAAUAUGCUACACAAGGAGUAGUGUAUGUAUAUAUAUAUAAAAGUGUAUCUCGAAUUAUUUCGAGUAUAGGAACGAUAUGGUAAAAUUCAGUUAGGGAGACGCGUACGAUUUUCUAUUUUGAGCAUGGUUUCACGACUCGUCAUUAAGUGAUCUACGAAUUUUAGCCAUGACUGCCGCUCACGAUAAUCGUACUCUUUGCGCAAACAAUCAUUCAUCAAACGCAUUUUGCUGAAAUGUUUCUAUACUCGAAUUACAGGAUACUGUGCAAUUUAAUAUGAACAGUAAAGCAGUUAGAGUAGAGAUGGUAAGUGGACCUAUCAUAAUAAUACAUAAUAGGUGAAAUGCAAAUGUUACGUAAUGUAAUGCGUAAUAUAUAUAUCAUAUGCAAAUUAUUAAUAUGUAUAUAACGCAUAUGUAUAAACUCUAUAAGACUUGUACCAAGGUGUACGUUGGAGAAGGUAUACAUAUACAUAUAUAUGUGUAUAUAUAUAUAGUAUAUAUAUAUAAAAUACUUUGCAGAGAAA